UGCCACGCCACAAGGUCUCCUCUACCGUCGCCUCGCUGUUGGUCCGGCGGGGCUACAUAUACUCCAUCUAGUCGACGUGAACGCCACUCCACCAUCUUCUGCUUAACUAGCUACAGUUCACCAGCCAUGACGAGACGCGCUGCAGCCACCUUUAUGCUGAUGCUCUCGCUCCCGACAGCGGCCCUCAUGGUCGCCGCCGACGACGUGGGCGUCGACAGCAUCCGCCUCCCUACCGACGGCGGCGAAGGUCUCGCAACGAGCAAGGGAGCCGAGGAGCAAACACUCCCACUCCCGGACCAUGUUGUGGCGGCCAGAGAGGAGAGCGUCGGCGGCGUCCCCGAGGAAGAGGAGAGGCCAUGGACGUGCUGCAACAGCACCGUGUGCACCAAGUACAUGCCGCCGACGUGCCGGUGCCUGGACGAGGUGGAGGAGUGCGCCCCCGCAUGCAAGGCGUGCGAGCCGUCCGGGUUCAACCCGGCCUUCCACGUCUGCAAUGACCAGUACCACGGCGACCCAGGGCCGACGUGCGGCAAGGAGGAGAGGCCGUGGACGUGCUGCGACCGGACCGUCUGCACCAAGUCGAUGCCGCCGACGUGCCGGUGCCUGGACGAGGUGGAGGAGUGCGCCCCCGCGUGCAAGCGCUGCGAGCCGUUCGGGAUCAACCCCAACCGCCACGUCUGCAACGACCAGUACCACGGCGACCCCGGGCCCACGUGCGGCAAGGACGACGACGACGAUGACCACCCCAGCGGCUCUCCAUCCCUCGCCGCCGCCACACAGAUGCAGUUGCUGCUGGUUUCUCUGAUCUUGUUGUUGUUUAUCCAGAGUCCUUAGAUGCCUCCGUGUACUAGCAUCGCGUCAGGGCACGUGAGAUGGCGCGUUCUUCACGGAUCGUGCCGCACGUAAUAAGAUUAGAUUAGAAAUGUUAGGGUGUAUCGAAUAAGAUAACAAGAAAAGGUCCCAUGUGAGCAUUUUCCUUUC